AUGACUCAAAAGCAACCCCAAAACUUUGCCGCGGUACUGCUGUUUGUGUCAGGGGAGUCUAUCCCGCCUGGCAGAAAUCAAGUUCAAAUUAAUAUGAGUUGUGAAUACGACCAGACAACAGAAUUGCAUCCAUUCGCUUUCCGAACCCAUACCCAUGCUAUGGGUCGAGUCGUGUCUGCAUAUUAUAAGCACGAAGGCCAGUGGACCAAGAUAGGAGCAAGAAAUCCUCAGUGGCCUCAGAUCCCAUUAGAAGUUUAA